AAGCGGUUUUGUAGGGCGCGCUCUUGUUGCGUCAUCAACGUGUGCCACCCGGUAACUUGUCUGCAAAAGCAUGGCAACUGCUGAAGCUGCGGUACUGUCCUCGCCUUUGAAAACAGACAUAGUCCCGGUCUCUGAAACUGCAGAAACAGACGCAGCAAUGGCCAGGAAAUCUGUAGCAACGGCUGCGGCCGCAGCGAUUGUGGCUGCGGCCAGAACCGGAUCCGAAACCAGGGUCUCCAAGGCCGCUUUGGCUACCAAGUUGCUGUCUCUGAGCGGCGUGUUCGCAGUGCACAAGCCCAAAGGGCCCACUUCAGCCGAGCUGCUGAAUCGGUUGAAGGAGAAGCUGCUGGCAGAAGCGGGUAUGCCUUCUUCAGAAUGGACCAAGAGGAAAAAACAGACUUUGAAAAUCGGGCAUGGAGGGACUCUAGACAGCGCAGCCCGAGGCGUUCUGGUCAUUGGAAUUGGAAGGGGAACAAAAAUGUUGACCAGUAUGUUGUCAGGGUCCAAGAGGUAUAUCGCCAUUGGAGAACUGGGGAAAGCCACUGACACGCUAGAUUCGACCGGGAAAGUGACGGAAGAGAGACCUUACGAUAAGAUAACACAAGAGGACAUUGAAGGCAUUCUACAGAAAUUUACGGGGAAUAUAAUGCAGAUACCCCCCCUCUAUUCUGCUUUAAAGAAAGAUGGGCAGAGACUUUCAACUUUGAUGAAGAGAGGUGAAGUAGUACAAGCCAAACCUGCCAGGCCGGUUACUGUGUACAGCAUCUCCCUUAAAAAAUUCCAGCCGCCGUUUUUCACAUUAGAUGUUGAAUGUGGAGGAGGUUUUUAUAUCAGAAGCUUGGUCAGUGACAUUGGCAAAGAGCUCUCUUCCUGUGCCAAUGUGCUAGAACUGACCCGAACAAAACAGGGGCCAUUCACGCUGGAAGAACAUGCCCUUCCUGAAGACAAGUGGACCAUCGAUGGCAUUGCACAGUCUCUGGAGCACUGCUCAUCUCUUUUCCCAGCUGAGCUGGCACUUAAAAAAUCAAAACCUGAGGAGUCAGAUGAGCAGGCUUUGAGCUGUGAAUACGUAACUCUAAAUGAGACAAAGGAAGAAGGUGAUGUAAUUAAGACAUUUGGAGAUCAGUCUGGGGGAUCAUCAUUUCCUGGCUGACGUUUGAGCGAAUACCGUGUACAGAUACAGAAUGAUAAGCUAUAUGCAAGAGACAAAUCAAUACUCUUUUUGUAUGAAGAAAACAAAACAUCCUUUACAGUUUCUAUAGCAUACAAUUUAUUUACUACACAUUGUGUAUGGCCUUACAGUUGUUCAGUUCUUUGCUGUGCUGUGGAUUGUUCUUCAAAGAUGUUUUUAUCUUGUUAGAAUAUGAAUUUGAUUAGAUUCAGGAAAAUUAACUUUGAAUUUGAACUUGCUUCAGUCAUUUCCUGUGAAAAAGUUGAACAAAUUUUCUAAUGAAAGAAAAAUAUAAGGUACAUGUUUUCUUCAGUUUCACAAAAGUAAUUAUAAUUUAGUAUUACUUUUAUUUAGGCCUUUAGCCCAUUGUUUUGAAAUUCUUUGACUAUGAAAUAGCCAUUAUUGAAUUCUUUCUUGUGUUUUGGAGUUUAUUAGUACUAAAGCAUUUUGCUGAUAAGACUGCACCUCAUCUAGGAAUGGCUACAUUUAGAUGUUGGAGAUGAAUAAAGUUUCUAAUAAGUAUUUUUAAAUGAACCAGAUUAUCCUGCUACCACUAGCAGGAUGUGAGUAGCUGGAUGAAAGUCAUUGAUUAAUUAAUUUCAUCUCUGUUUUACCAUUAGAACAGAAGACAGCUCCUUAGCAUUGUAUUUUGGCAGCUAUGAGAUAUUUUCUUGGUGAUUAUAUUGACAUAGUAAACUACUUUGUACCAAAUUACUAAGUAACAUAAUUUUUAAAAUUUAAACUAAAGAAUAUAUCUUAAAUUUUUCUUUUCUUUGUUUUUUAGCAUUUAUUUAUAUCUCUUUAUGGAGCAUUAAUCUGUGUGACAUUGUUUGUUUGUUCUUUCAAGUGAUAUUUAUAGACAUGGAGAUAGCUACUUCGAAUUUCCAGCUAAUUUCUUCUGCUCUAAAUAUUUAAAAACAGUGACUCUCAAGUGUUUCAUUCAAAUAGCUUCAGAAAGUUUCCUGCUCCUCUUUACCAUAAUUUUGAAAAUGUAGUCAGAUUACAAAAUAGCAAAUUUCAUGUAAUAAAAUUUUCAUAUUUUAGUUAUGGGAAUGUAAUAUAUUAUGCAGCUAUACUGUAGAAAACUCAAAUCCCUCUUCAUUUACUCAAAUGUAAUUUCAAAAGGAAGACUCAUUUAAAAUUUCAUGAAAUAAAAAGUUUCUAGAUUUC